UUCUAUAUAGCCUUUCAAAUUUAGAAUUGAAGUAGGAGCUGGAAACUUUUAUAAUUAUUGUUUUAAAAUUAAACAAAUUGAGAAUUUUUUAUUUCUUAGAACAGAAUAUAUUUUGAAUAAUAAUGGCAGAUUCGCCUUCUCUUCCUCGCGCAAAGAGGCAAAAAUUUGAUAAACAAGGACGUUUUGCUGCUUUACAAAAACUUAAAGAUCUAAAGCAACAUGGACAAAAGCAUAAGGCAGAAUUAAGUGAAGAAGUUCAAAAUGUUUAUGAUCUUGUUGACGAAAAAGAAUAUUUAAAAAGGACGUCUCAUUUAGGAAGUGAUUGGAUUGAGGAUGAUGGUACUGGUUACACUGAGGAUGGUCGAGAUAUUUUUGAUGAUAUCGAAUCUGAUGAUUCCAAUGGAAGGGAAAACUCCAAAGACAAAGGGAAAAAACGUAAAAAAAAUGCAACUCUUGGACCUCUGAAAAACUCUCACCGCAGUUUAUUUACAAAAAAAGUUUCGAAACCGAAAAGCCAGAAUGAAAAUUUAAUAAAUCUGGAGAAGGAUAAUGCUUUAGCUAACAUAUUAUGCGAAAUGGAUACUGGUGAAAAGAAUAAUACAAUAAAACCUAAGAUAAUCAAGAGAAGCGAUAAUCAUAGCGAUAACAUAAAAAAGCAUAUGGAUGAUUUCAUUAAAACUUUGACAAAAGUUUCAAAUGAAAAAGAUGAGAUUGCAAAAAGUGAUGACGAUAAAAUUGUUGAAAGUAUUUUAAAACCAAAGGCAGUACCAUCAGUUGCGAAACCACUGGAAACACAAAAUGAAUUAAAGCACGAUAACAAUUUAGAUCCAAUCACAUCUAAAACGUUAGUUUCACCAAAAUCAAUGGAGGAAGAUUCCAUGAAACACAAUAAGAAUGAUAAUUUAAAAGAAAAUGAUACAAAAAAUUAUGAAGAAAUGUUUCAAGAUUUUAUUCCUCACGAUGAAAUCUGGGAUGAACCAAAAAUUGAGAAGAGUAAUAGCGUUGCAACAACUAACGCUGAACAAGAUGAAAAAGAACUGAAGGAAUUAUUGAGUAAUUGGGAAAAUGCGUGUAAAUUUGAAGAAACCCCCGAAACUUCUGAUAAUAAAACCGAUGACAUAAUAUGGGAAAAGCUUGAUAAAACUUCUCUCAGGUUUUGGUACUGGGAUGCUUGGGAAGAUUUUGUUAAAAGACCUGGAGAAGUGUUUUUAUUUGGAAAAGUUUCUCUUGAAGAUAAAACAAAAUAUAACUCGAUUUGUGUACAUGUUGGAAAUAUUGAAAGAGUCUUAUAUUUAUUGCCUAGGGAAUAUCACUACGACAUGAUAAGUUUAGAGCCGACUAAACAAAAAGUUACCUUAACAGAUGUUUAUAAUGAAUUUGCUUCUGAAAUUGCACCGAAACUGGGAAUAAAAGAAUUUAAAUCGGAGAGAGUUACAAAAAAUUUUGCUUUUCAUUUACCAGGGGUUGAUGUUCCUGAAACUUGUGAAUAUAUAGAAAUUCGAUACGAUGGCAAAAAACCAACUCCAGAUUUGAAAGCGGUCUAUAAAACUAUAUCAUAUAUAUUUGGGACAAAUACACCAUUUUUGGAAACAUUUUUGCUUGAAUGUAAAAUUAAAGGACCUUGUUGGUUGACUCUCAACAAUUUUAUUAUAGUAAACAAUCCCUUAAGUUGGUGUAAAGUUGAAGCAUUUUGUUCGUCAUCUUCAAUUAAACAUUUGGAGGAAAAAUUAAUUCCACCUCCGCCAAUGACUGUGAUUGCGCUAAAUAUUAAAUCUGUGGUUAAUCCUAAAACCAAUAAAAAUGAGGUUUCAAUAAUUUCUUGUUUAGUCAAUGAUAAGUUUUAUAUUGACAAACCACCCAGUAAUCAAUUAUUCAAUAGACAUUUUUGCGGAAUAACUCGUCCUGCAAAUUUAAGAUGGCCAUUUGAUUUUCACCAAAAAUUUUCUAAAUUUAAUUCAAUCAAAGCUUCGAAAUUUGAUUCCGAGAGAGCUUUAUUGAGUUGGUUUUUAGCGAUUUAUCAAAAUAUUGAUCCAGAUUUAAUAGUUAUGCACGAUGUUAACGAUUGCCAGUUGGAUUUAAUUUGCGAUCGGGUAUCUGCAUUAAAAAUUCCAACAUGGUCACGCUUUGGGCGUUUAAGAUUUUCACAAAAUAUUGGAAAAAAGUGGAAAGAUUAUUUUAAUGGAAGAAUGAUUUGUGAUGUUAAGACAUCAGCGGAAGAGUUGAUUAAAUCUAGAAGUUAUGACUUAAGUACACUAUGUCAAACUAUUUUAAAACUGAAAGAAAACGAGAGAGUAGAACUAUCAAACGAUGAUAUUAUUGGAAUGUACCAAAAUAGUGAAAGUUUACUGAAAUUUAUUACAUUGAUAAUGCAAGAUUGUUCGUAUAUAUUAAAGUUGAUGUGUGAAAUGAAUGUCUUGCCUUUAGCUUUACAAAUUACUACCAUAUGUGGUAAUUUAAUGUCUCGAACCCUGCAAGGUGGAAGAUCUGAAAGAAAUGAAUUUCUUUUGCUUCAUGCUUUUUAUGAAAAGAAUUAUAUAGUACCUGAUAAAAAGAAAAAACAUUGGGAAAAUUCUCAUGCACAACUAGAAGAAGAUGACAGAAAUGUAACAGUUGACAACAAAAACAAUCAAGGGGCAACAAGAAAGAAGGCAGCAUAUACUGGUGGUCUUGUCUUAGAACCAAUAAAAGGACUUUAUGAAAAAUAUAUUCUGUUAAUGGAUUUUAAUUCCUUGUAUCCAAGCAUUAUUCAGGAAUUUAAUAUUUGUUUUACAACUGUUCCUGAGCCAGAAGUACCUGGAGAAAUUCCUCCUCUUCCAGAAUCAUCUAUAGAACAGGGAAUUUUACCUCGUCAAAUUCGUCGUCUUGUCGAAAGCAGGAGAGAAGUUAAAAAAUUAAUGGCAAAUCAAGAUUUGGAUUCUGAUUUAAAAAUGCAAUACAAUAUAAGGCAAUUGGCCUUAAAAUUAACUGCAAAUUCAAUGUAUGGUUGCCUUGGAUUUGCUCAAUCUCGGUUUUUCGCACAACAUUUGGCUUCAUUGGUGACAUUAAAAGGCAGGGAAAUUUUAAUGAACACAAAGAGCAUUGUACAAAAAUUAAAUUUUGAGGUCGUGUACGGCGAUACUGAUUCCAUUAUGGUUAAUACAAAUUCAACAGAUUACGAACAAGUUUUUAAAAUUGGAAAUAGCAUUAAGCAAACAGUAAAUAAAAUUUAUAGACAAAUUGAACUUGAUAUCGAUGGAGUUUUUAAAACACUUUUACUUUUAAAAAAGAAAAAAUAUGCAGCAGUUACGAUUUCUAAAAAUUCUAAAGGAGAACUGGUUUAUCAAAAGGAAUUUAAAGGAUUAGAUAUUGUCCGACGCGAUUGGUCUCAAAUAGCAAUUAUGGCGGGUAAAAUCGUUUUGGAAGAAAUACUUUCAGACAAACAACAUGAUGAAAAAAUUGAAGCGAUACAUUCACAUUUAGAAAAACUUAAAGAAAAUAUAUGUAAUGAAAUAUAUCCUUUGCCUAUAUUGACUAUUACAAAACAAUUGACAAAAGCUCCGAAAGAUUAUUCUAGUGGGUUAUCAAAUUUGCCUCACGUAAUAGUAGCUCUUCGCAUGAACGAAACCAAAAAUAAACGGUAUAAGAAGGGUGAUAUGGUGUCGUAUAUUAUUUGCGAAGAUGGCACGCAAAAUGCUGCAAUGCAACGAGCUUACCAUUUAGAUGAACUGAAAACAAAUGAAAACCUUAAAGUUGAUAUUAAUUAUUAUUUGGCACAGCAAAUUCAUCCAGUUGUAAUGCGUUUAUGUGAACCAUUAGAGGGAACAGAUGGCGCUCGAAUUGCUGAAUGUCUUGGCUUAGAUCCAAAGAAAUUUAGAACAGGACAUAAAACUCAUCAAUCAAAUGAACCGGAAAUUGGUACUGGUGAAGCUGUUACUAAAACAUCGUUACAAAAGUAUCGUCAAUGUGAAAAAUUCAAAUUUAUUUGCAAUAAUUGUAAAACUGUGAAUAUUAUUGCUUCAGCUUUUAGACCUCACGAGAAAACCUAUAUACCAGUUUUACAAAAAUGUUCAAAUGUAGAUUGUAGCACAGCUCCAUAUCAAUAUUUAGUUUCAAUACGUAAUCAAAUGAUUUUGUCGAUACGUGAAUUUAUUAAACGUUUUUAUGAUAAUUGGAUGAUUUGCGAUGAGCCCACUUGUAAUAAUAAUACAAGAAAAUUAUUGCAUGUUGCAAUUAAUAAUCGUCCAAUAUGUUUUGUUUGCAAUACUGGAGUUUUAAUAAGAGCGUAUUCUGAAAGAGAUCUAUAUAAUCAGAUUAGUUAUUUUCAGUAUAUAUUUGACUUAAGUAAUCAUGAGCAUAAAAAUGUAACUGUACCCGGUGAUGUUGAAGUAGCUUACAACACAUUGAAAGAAACCGUUGAUAAUAUUUUAGAAAAAUCAGCUUAUUGUACUAUAAAUCUUAAUAAGUUGUUUGCAGAUUUAAAACCGUCAAGUCAAACUGAUGUAAUUCCAGAUAAAGAUGUAAGCGUCUAACAGUUAAUUAAUUUUUUUUUGUAUCAUGGUCUUAUAGUUGUAGAAUUAAGAACUCAAAAUAUUUUACUUUUUAAUAAGUUUAUGAUUAUCUUAUAUUUAAUAAAAAUUUAAAUAAAUUUCGA